AUGUCCACUCCGUUCCAGAAAAAAUCCCCCGAAACUCCAUCCCCGCAUCCCCCCAUCCCCGCCCCCCAUCCCCGCCCCCCAACCCCCCCUCCACCCCCCUCUCUGCCCACAUCUCGCAGGCACCACCCGUCUCCGCCCCCGUCUCCGCCCCCCACCGCCCCGACCCCCUUCCCCCUCAAUUUCUUAGUUCGAACGCCCCUUGUCUGGCGAGGCACCGCUUCCCUCCGCCCACCGCUUGCUUCGCCAGCCAUGGCCGUCGAUCUCACCCCCGCCUUCCACGUCGCGUUGUACCUCGUCUUCCUGGAGUCGCUGCUCUUCUUCGCCGUGAUCAUGCAGACCAAGUCAGUCGAGCCGGGCACGCAUUCCGGCGUGGCGCGCUACUUCGGCCUGGUCUUUCUCUUCCAGGCCCUCGCGUCGCUGUUCCUUGCGCUGGGCGAGCAGCUGUACAAGGGCUACUUCUCGCUCUACUUCUCCGUCAUGGCCGCCAUCUGCAUUGUCAUCGCUGUCUGCUUCUGCGUCCCGGCGGCGACGGCCGUCGCCGUCCCGGAGCCGAACAACCAGUGCUUGCAGGCGACCGUCUUCAUCGCCUCGGUGCUCGCCAUCCUACUCACCACCUUCGCCGUGUCGGGCCACCUACUUGCGGCCCCCGACAUCCCGUACCUCAACCUGUUCCUGCGCCGCGAGCUGCUGGGCGCCAUCGGCGGCGCCUUCCUGGUCCUGGCCGCCGCCUCCACCAUCCGCAUGCUGCGCCAGCUCAAGGGCGGCAAGGGCGCCUUCAUCCUGCUGGCCGGCCUGGCCCUGAUCACCGCAUUCGGCAUCCUCUGGACCCGCCUCGAGCCGCUGUGCAAGCAGACGGGCGCCGGCGAACCCUGGCCGCCGGCGUGCCCCAUGCCCGCCACCUUCGAUCACAACUUCAUGAUCGCCGUCCUCAUCAUGAUCGCUAAUGUCCUCGCCGCGGAGGGCAUCCUCCGCCUCAUGGCCGCUGGCAGUGGUGUUGUGGGCUACGUCGAGAUCAUCCCUGUCUAG